GUCCCAACUCACUCGUAAAACAAGCGUGGCAGAAGUAGAACCCCCGAGACACCCUCGUCGUCCUCGUCGUCUUCGCAUUUUCCCUCCGAGCGCCACUCCUCUUCCCGGGGCGACGCGUUCCCGGCGAUGAUCCCCGUAGAAGGAUGCAUAUCCCCGGGUCAGGGCUAGGGUUUCUCCUGAGACUCCACAGGUCCGCGGCGGCGCCGCCGCUGGAUCGCAAGCACGGAGCUCUCGCUUCCCUCUUUGGGAGCUUUAUCUCCUCCUCCAAUGGCCGUGGACAAAUUUGUGGUCGGUUCCGGUCUGCGGAGCGCCGAGGGUUCUGCGGAUACGCUCUCGAGCAGUUCUCUGAUGACGAGUACGAGUGCGAGUACGAGACGCACAAGCCAUCUUCUUCAGUGGCCAACAUUGAUGAGUGGAGGUGGAAACUUAGCAUGCUCUUGCGGAGCAGUGAUGAACAAGAAAUUGUUUCUCGAGACAAAAGAGAUCGACGCGAUUAUGAACAGAUCUCCAACCUUGCAAGAAGAAUGGGGCUUUACAGUGAGCUCUACGGGAAAGUGGUGGUGGCCAGCAAGGUUCCUCUGCCAAAUUACAGGCCUGAUCUUGAUGAUAAGCGGCCGCAAAGAGAGGUGGUGAUCCCUCUUAGUUUGCAGAGGAGAGUCGAGGGUCUCGUCCAGGAGCACCUUGAUAGGAUGAUGCUGACAUCUGACAAAGUUGGUGAUAACUCGCAGCAUAAUGCUGUAGCUGAAAAUACUGAGGACAUUAAAAUGGAUGAUAACCAAGAAUCUUUGAUUGAUGGGUCAGUUAUGGAGAAAAUUCUUGAGAGAAAGAGUUGGCGUUUGCGGAAUCUGCAAAGAGCCUGGCAGGAAUCUCCUGAAGGUGUCAAGAUGCUUAAAUUCAGGAGAUCACUUCCAGCGUUCAAGGAAAAGGAGCGACUCCUGUCUGCCAUUGCUCGUAAUCAGAUCAUAGUUAUCUCUGGGGAGACUGGAUGUGGCAAAACAACUCAACUGCCGCAGUAUGUGUUAGAAUCUGAGAUAGAGUCUGGUCGUGGGGCAUUCUGUAAUAUCAUCUGUACACAGCCACGGAGAAUAUCUGCUAUGGCAGUUGCAGAGAGAGUUUCUACUGAAAGAGGCGACAAUCUUGGUGAAUCAGUUGGUUACAAAGUUAGGUUGGAGGGAAUGAAGGGAAAAAAUACGCAUCUGCUGUUUUGUACUAGUGGCAUUCUGCUUAGAAGAUUGCUUGGGGACCGUAAUCUUAAUGGUGUAACUCAUGUUUUCGUUGACGAAAUUCAUGAAAGAGGCAUGAAUGAAGAUUUUUUGUUGAUUGUGUUAAAAGAUCUUCUCUCGCGUCGACGGGAUUUGAGAUUGAUUCUGAUGAGUGCCACUUUAAAUGCUGAAUUGUUUUCAAGUUAUUUUGGAGGGGCUCCUAUGAUACAUAUUCCAGGCUUUACAUACCCAGUAAGGGAACAUUUUUUAGAAGAUAUAUUGGAGAAGACGGGAUACAAGUUAACUUCCUCCAACCAACUAGAUGAUUAUGGUCAAGAUAAAUUUUGGAAAACUCAGAGGCAAUUGAUGCCCCGAAAGAGGAAAAACCAGAUCACCACUCUUGUUGAGGAUGCUCUUAAAAACUCGAGCUUUGAGAGCUACAGUUCUAGGACACGUGAUUCGUUGGCGAGUUGGAACCCUGAUUGCAUGGGGUUUAAUCUUAUUGAGGCUGUUCUUUGCCACAUAUGUAGGAAAGAGAGGCCAGGUGCUGUCUUAGUUUUUAUGACGGGGUGGGAUGAUAUUAGCUGUGUGAGAGAUCAGCUAAAAGCACAUCCACUGCUUGGAGAUCCUAACAGGGUUCUGCUGCUUACAUGUCAUGGAUCAAUGGCUACUUCCGAGCAGAAACUUAUAUUUGAGAAGCCACCGCCUAAUGUAAGAAAGAUAGUCCUUGCUACAAACAUGGCAGAAGCAAGUAUUACAAUUAAUGAUAUUGUUUUUGUGGUGGACUGUGGGAAAGCAAAGGAGACCACCUAUGAUGCUUUAAACAAUACUCCUUGUUUGCUCCCGUCCUGGGUUUCUAAAGCUUCUGCACGCCAGAGAAGAGGCAGGGCUGGUCGUGUGCAACCUGGAGAGUGCUAUCACCUCUAUCCAAGAUGUGUAUAUGAUGCCUUUGCAGAUUAUCAGCUUCCAGAGCUUCUUAGAACUCCUCUCAACUCUCUAUGCUUGCAGAUAAAGAGUUUGCAGCUUGGUAGCAUAGGGGAGUUCCUCUCGGCUGCUUUGCAGCCCCCCAAGCCCCUUGCUGUCCAAAAUGCAGUUGAGUUCCUGAAAAUGAUUGGAGCAUUAGAUGAGAAUGAGAAUCUCACAAAUCUUGGGCGAUAUCUUUCAAUGCUUCCAGUUGAUCCAAAGUUAGGAAAAAUGCUUAUAAUGGGUGCUGUUUUCCGUUGUCUUGAUCCAAUUCUCACUGUGGUUUCUGGAUUGAGCGUCCGGGACCCUUUCCUGUUGCCCCAAGACAAGAAAGAUUUGGCAGGAACAGCAAAGUCAAGAUUCUCUGCAAAAGACUACAGUGAUCACAUGGCCCUCGUCCGUGCAUAUGAAGGAUGGAAAACUGCAGAAAGGGAAGGCUCUUCUUACGAGUACUGCUGGAGAAAUUUCCUUUCUGCUCAAACUCUCCAAGCAAUCCACUCUCUUAGAAAACAAUUCAAUUUCAUUCUAAAAGAUGCCGGUCUAGUAGAUGCUGAACCUAGCAUGAGCAAUAGCUUGAGUCAUAACCAAUCAUUAGUUCGUGGUAUUGUAUGCUCUGGGCUCUUUCCUGGGAUAACUUCUGUUGUGCAUAGAGAAAAUUCCAUGUCUUUCAAAACCAUGGAUGAUGGCCAGGUCCUGCUUUAUGCUAACUCGGUGAAUGCAAAAUACCAGACAAUUCCCUAUCCAUGGUUAGUGUUUGCUGAGAAGGUCAAAGUCAAUACCGUGUUCAUCCGUGAUUCAACUGGUGUAUCUGAUUCAAUAUUGAUACUAUUUGGUGGCACCCUUACUAAAGGCAACAUGGCGGGCCAUUUGAAGAUGCUAGGUGGCUACAUUGAUUUCUUUAUGGACCCAAGUUUGGCAGAGUGCUAUCUAAACCUGAAGGAGGAAGUGGAUAAACUUGUUCAAAAGAAGCUCCAAGACCCCAGCCUCGAUAUCCACAAGGAAGGCAAAUACUUACUGUUUGCUGUGCAAGAGCUGGUCGCGGGUGAUUUAUGUGAAGGAAGGUUUGUGUUUGGCCGGGAGACAAGCAGAGCUAGGGUUAGUAACACUGAGAAUAAUAACAAGAGCAAUAUCGUGAAAGACAGGACGAACCCUAAGAGCUUGUUGCAGACGUUGUUGAUGAGAGCAGGCCACAGCCCUCCAAAAUACAAGACGAAACACCUCAAGACCAAUGAGUUUAGGGCUAUAGUGGAAUUCAAAGGAAUGCAAUUCGUUGGAAAACCCAAGAGGAACAAGCAGCUUGCGGAGAGGGAUGCUGCCAUUGAGGCAUUGGGGUGGUUGACGCAUACUUCUGAUAGUAGCAAACAGUAUGAGAACGAUGACGACGACUCUCCACUCGACCUCACAGACAACAUGUUAAAACUACUUAGUAGGCCAAGGCGGAGGUCUAGGCGACAUUAAGUUUCAGUUGUAGAUUAUCUAUUGGAUGAGGUCCUGGAGACAGAUAUACGGCCAUUCGCCUUUUUGUGGGUAAUCUACUCGAAUAACUUUGUCAGGACGAGGAGGUGAUGAUUGAUCCUAUGUAUCAUCCGCUUCGUUAGGUUCGAGCUGAAACAUGUUCAGUGAUUUAAUGGUUGGCGGAGUAUGUGUCAGUGUUGCUUUGCCCAAAGAUUUUGCCCCCGUUAUGUAAGAUUAUACUCCCGCAAGAUGUACGGUGAUGCCAUGUAUUAUUUAUCCAUUGUUACAUUGUAUAUUGUUAAUUUUUAACAAUCACAUAAAAUAAGAUUAAUAUAGUUGAUUGGACAUGCUGGUUCA